GACAGGUGUGUUCGUUAAACGUUUGCGUCCCUCCCGGUUUAAUAUGACUCAUAUCCGGACUAGCACCAACUGACACUACAACCACACAUUUCAACUAAACUGGGAGUAUUUUUAAUACACAAUGACAACAUGUGACCUACUUGUCGGCACCAGUGUCCCUCACAACAGUUCCUAACGAAAACGGCUUUUAAGGAGUCGAUUUUUUUUUAAGCCCCGCCCGGCUCCAUCAGUCGGUGUGUGUCGAACACAAAAACGAGCGCUGCUGAAGUAACGCGGGAAACGGUCCUGUGUUGGUUGAGUGUUUUGCAGAGAGGAGCAGCCGCUAACCGCCACAGUAACGGGUAGUAUCGCUACAGAAACAGUGACUGACCGACCCCGACAUCUCUACCUCCCUCUCUGGUCUGAAGGGACGUGUCGUUGAGCCAGAGGCCGUGCUGCAGCCGGCCGAGCGGCCCAGAGGAGCGGGUCUGUGGGUCAGCGGGUCUGUGUGUCGGUGUCGGGGCCGCGCUGCUCGUCCCCGUGUCUCUGUUAGCUCCGACACAAAGAGGAGUCCUGCUAACCUGCUAACCUGCUAAACACCUCCUGUCCUGCUGCUUUAAACAACAUGGAUACGUUCCAGAAGGUGGAGAAGAUCGGAGAAGGGACGUACGGAGUGGUUUACAAAGCCAAGAACAAAGUGACGGGAGAAACUGUUGCUCUCAAGAAGAUCCGGCUCGACACGGAAACAGAGGGUGUUCCCAGCACGGCCAUCCGGGAGAUUUCCCUUCUCAAAGAACUCAGUCACCCAAAUAUUGUCAAAUUGCGUGAUGUCAUCCACACUGAGAACAAGCUCUACCUUGUUUUUGAGUUCCUUCACCAGGAUCUGAAAAAGUUCAUGGACUCCUUCACAGUUGCUGGUAUCCCACUGCCUCUGGUUAAGAGUUAUCUUUUCCAGCUGCUGCAAGGCCUGGCCUUCUGUCACUCUCACAGGGUUCUUCAUCGAGACCUGAAGCCCCAAAACCUCCUCAUCAACGCCCAGGGGGAGAUCAAGCUGGCUGACUUUGGCCUAGCCAGAGCCUUCGGGGUGCCUGUCCGCACAUACACACAUGAGGUGGUAACACUUUGGUACAGAGCACCAGAAAUCCUCCUGGGCUGUAAAUACUACUCCACAGCUGUUGACAUCUGGAGUCUCGGGUGCAUCUUUGCUGAAAUGCUCACCAAGAGGGCCUUAUUCCCCGGUGACUCUGAGAUUGAUCAAUUAUUCCGAAUCUUCCGAACCUUGGGGACACCUGACGAGAACGUCUGGCCAGGAGUCACAUCGAUGCCUGACUACAAACCAUCUUUCCCCAAGUGGGCCCGGCAGGAUUUAUCCAAAGUGGUGCCGAUCCUUGAUGAGGAUGGAAGAGAACUGCUUGCAGAAAUGCUGAAUUACGACCCAAACAAAAGGUUAUCUGCCAAAAACGCUCUUGUACAUCGAUACUUCCGUGACGUCACCAUGCCAAUUCCUCAUCUGAGACUCUGAGUCAAGCAGAACAUCAGUCCAUUUUAAUGCCAACGAUGUCUAAGCAAUAAGGACGACCUCACUUCGCCUCAUAUCCACGACUGGAAUGGACAGAAAAAGUGGACACUAAAGGCUAUGUUGGAUACUUAAAUGGAUAUUUGUUAAUACCUAAAACCAGCUUUCUAGACCAUAGACGUCCCGAGGGUUUUGCUGUUUUUUCAGCAGUUAUGUUAUUAUAGUUAUGAACGUUUAACUGUAAUUUUCAACAUCAUUAUUUUGCAUAUAUUUCUGUUCAACUGCCAUUUUUGAUGUAAAUGUUUAUUUGUUAUUGGGAUGCCUCUCCGACCGAGUUAAAGUGCAGGUCAGGUAGACUCAACCUACUGUUCUGCUAUUAUAUUUCACAGUUUAAAUUAUAUGUUGGCUUUAAGAUGUCCAAAUUCCAAUAGUCAAGUUAGAAUAGUAGUUAGAAUUAAAUAUGAUUGAAUAAGUUGUGGGAUAGUGCAAAUAACAAAUGUCAUGCUUUGUAAGGCUGAGCAGCUACUGAAUGAAAGACGUGAGUGACGGUCGUCAAACAACAAACAUCUUCAGCUGAUGUCAAACCGUUUGUGGUAAAAGAACAUGACUACAAUCGUGUUCUUUUAGGUUGAUUUUCUUGCAGUUAAAUUCUUUACCUUUGGGUCUAAAGUAUCUUGAAGUCUUUUCAUAACAGCACCUUUGGUUGUUUAACACACAAACAUGUUUAUCGGUCGUUGAGGUUUGCUUGCAGGUUUUCUCACCAAACUGAAGUUCUAAGCUUUGUACAUACAGUUGUGAAAUGCAAACGUUACCUGUUGAAAUUCAGAUUUUUACAGAAUUCAAUAUGCUGUUGCAUCUUUCUUACUCUAGAUUUUAUUCAAAUGUGAUGAACCGUUUUUUAUGGAUAUUGUUUAUUUACAGUUUGAAAA